AUGGCCGUCCUCGCCAAGGAAAUUGCCCUCCGCCUCUUCCGCACCCCUCCGUUCCCCGCGAACCGAAGCCCGCAACAGAUCCGAGCACCGCGCCCUCCGCCUCUUCUCGCCUCCUCCUCCUCCUCCGCACUCGCCUCGCUGCUCCGCCUCCGCCUCUCCGCCUCCCCCUCCGCCUGCACUCCGCCUCUUUGCUCCACCUCCGCCUCCGCCUUCGCCUCUCCUCCGCACCUCUCUCCGCCUCUCGCUCCACCUCCCGCUCCGCCUCCGCUCUCCUCCGCCUCUCUCCGCCCCUCCGCUCCGCUCCGCCUCCGCCUCCGCCUCUCCUCCGCCUCUGCUCCGCCUCUCCCUCUCCGCCUCUUUGCUCCGCCUCCGCCUCCGCCUCCGCUCCCGCCUCCGCCUCCGCUCCGCCUCUCCGCUCCGCCCGCCUCUUGCUCCGCCUCCGCCUCCGCCUCCGGCCUUGAGUUCGACGAUGCAAGUAUCGUUUGUCGUUUGGUCAUAGACGACAAGGUUUAUGAUAUCCUUCUGGGCUCAGCCACCGGCUUUGUAGGUGGAAACCUUGCCAAAGGGAGAAUCUUGGUCUGCCUUGUCACAAGGCGUUGUGUUGUGACCAUGGUUCCUCAGCUAGCGGCAAAUAGAGCGAGUUCACUGUCGUGGGAAACUUUUGGGGAGUUCUAUUUUGUUUUUGGUAUAGUUUAA